GGCCAGCCCGAGAAAGACGGGACGGAAUCCAGUGUGAGCAUGGCUGUGACUUUGGAAGAAGCUCCGAGGCUGGGCUGGAUCCUGGUGAAAGCGCUGAUGAGAUUUGCCUUCAUGGUGGCCAACAAUGUGUUUGCUCUUCCAUCCUAUGUCUUCUAUGUCAUUAUACUUCUGCCUCUUCGGGUGCUGGACAGUAAACUCUUCUGGUAUAUUGAAGGAAUCAUGUAUAAAUGGCUUCUAGGAAUUGUGGCUUCUUGGGGAUGGUAUGCUGGAUAUACAGUGAUGGAAUGGGGUGAAGAUGUUAAAGCAAUUUCAAAUGAUGAGGCAGUAAUGCUGGUGAAUCAUCAAGCAACAGGCGAUGUGUGCACCCUCAUGAUGUGCCUCCAGGACAAAGGACUGGCUGUUGUUCAAAUGAUGUGGUUGAUGGAUCAUAUUUUUAAGUACACAAACUUUGGACUUGUUUCUCUAAUUCAUGGAGACUUCUUUAUAAGACAGGGAAAAUCUCAUCGUGACCAACAGCUAUUGCUUCUCAAGAGGCACCUAGAAAACAAUUAUAGGAGCAGAGAUCGAAAAUGGAUUGUGCUUUUUCCUGAAGGAGGCUUCCUCAGGAAGAGGCGAGAAACAAGUCAAGCAUUUGCCAAGAAAAAUAACUUGCCAUUUCUAACACAUGUCACUCUGCCAAGGAUUGGGGCAACAAAAGUUAUUUUAAAUACACUUGUAGCACGACAAGAAAAUGGAAUUCCAGCAUCAAGAGACACUAGAGAACAAGGCAGCAACUCAAAAGGCCUCCAGUGGGUUAUAGAUACUACAAUAGCUUAUCCCAAAGCUGAACCCUUAGAUAUUCAAUCUUGGAUCCUUGGCUACAGGAAACCAACAGUCACACAUGUACAUUACAGGAUCUUUCCAGUUAAAGAUGUACCUCUGGAGACUGAUGCCCUUACUGAUUGGCUAUAUCAACGCUAUGUUGAAAAAGAGGAACUCCUAUCACAUUUUUAUAAAACAGGAGCUUUUCCACCUGUCAAAGGCCACAAGGAAGCUGUUUCCAAGGAGAUGACCCUCAGCAAUAUGAAGCUGUUUCUCUUACACUCUUUUGCAUUCUUGUCAGGCUACAUGUGGUACAAUAUCAUUCAGUAUUUUUACCAUUGCCUGUUUUAG